UUGAUCAGCCAAAGACCCUUUUCACUUCCCAAGUUCCGACACACAAAGCAACAAGACUAGAGUGACAGAAGUGGAAACUCGAAAUCCUACUCCCAACAAUGAGUUGAUGAUGUUAGUAAAAACCAAGAAGACAACCCCCCAACGUUAUGUCCAAUAUUCUUCUUCACUCACUUCCCACUGCUAAUUACCUCACCAAACCCAAACCACAAAACUCUUCCAUUUCAUUUCACACUUCAUAUUCAUCACCAACAAACUCAUCUGUCUCCUUUCUAUGUGAGCACAGCAACAGCAAACAAGAGCAAACCCAGAAGUGCAAGGAUGGUUUGAACUUGAACUUCAUUCGUGCCAGCAAGCUCUUGAAGGAUCUUAGCCCUUGGGGGAUUGGUGGACCUUGCAAUUAUUUUGUCAAAGUUCACAAUCAAACCCAGCUUGUUUCUGCUAUCAGAUACUGUCAUGAGCACAGCAUACGAUUUAUUAUUAUCGGUAAAGGCUCAAAUUGUCUUUUUGACGACUUGGGUUUUGAUGGUUGUGUUAUUCUGAACCGGAUUGAGUUCUUGGAGAGCAAUGAACCCGGUAUUUAUAGAGUUGGAAGCGGUUUUCAAUUUAAUAAAUUGGGCAUGCAAUGCUCAAAUGAAGGAUUCACAGGCCUUGAAUUUGCUGGAGGAAUUCCUGGGACUGUAGGAGGAGCAACUUAUAUGAAUGCUGGAGCAAAUGGGCAGGAGACUGCUGAUGUUGUUGAUAGUGUAGAAAUUGUAAAGAAUGAUGGAAGUUUUCAGACGCUAAACAGAAUCGAUCUCAAAUUUGGCUACCGAACAUCACCAUUUAAAUUUAUGAAAGACUUGGGAAGCAUUGUUGCAGUCAUGUUCAAGCUGCAGCCUUCGGGAUCAGCAAAAAGAAGACUACAGGAAUAUCUAGUAAGGAGGAGAGUAUCUCAACCGAUAGGUGAACGUAGUGCUGGUUCAGUGUUCCGAAAUCCACCUAAUUUGGGAAUUGCAGCAGCUGAGUUGAUUGAGAGAGCUGGAUUGAAAGGUUUUAGAGUGGGAGGAGCCAUGGUAUCCAACAUCCAUGCAAAUUUCUUUAUAAAUUCUGGUGGAUCAACUUCUCAAGACAUGCUUGACCUCAUUGCUUUUGUCAAGGAAAGAGUUGAUCAGAAAUUUGGGGUACAACUCAAGGAAGAAGUGCUAUAUGUUCAUCCAUAUUGUGAUGAUUUGAAUCCAAAUAGAGACAAAUGACCAGUCAUGUAAAUUUAAUAUUUCAUGAAAGGAAACAAGAAAGCUCAGCCUUUAAUAAUUUCUGAUGAUCUUUGAAACAAUAUCUGUUCCAAUUAGAGUUUUGAUGAAAGGAAACAAGAAAACUCAGCCUUUAUUAAUA